CAGCCAAAUUCACUCAGUUUUCAGAUGAUCAUAGUGUGUUUUGAUUACUUAUACAUCUAAAUUGCAUCAGAUUUUUGCUGUUGCAAUGCAUUCUUCCUCAACAAAGACAACAGAACACUAUGACUGCAAAACACCUGCAAAAGAGACACAUUGUCCAUCAGAACUGGAAUUCUCCUACAAGGUUAACUGGGCUGGGACUUACCAGGAGGUAAGCUCUGAGCUUGUGUAAGUACAGUUCUGUGUGAGGUUUUCAUUUGAGUAAUUAAAGUAAUUUUAGUCAACAUUGGAGGGGAAGCAGCAGCUCACUAAAGGAAUUACAAAAACUAGGCAACACAGACCUUAGCCCACUAAUAAAAAUAUAUAUUGUAAAACAGGGCAUGAAGUAAAGCUUGGUUUCUGUGCUAUGAUAAUAUCACUUACCUAAGGGGCUUUCCAUUGGACAGGUCAAUCUGUCAUUGCUCAUUAAGGGAGUUUUUUGUGUUUUACACAAAAACAGACCCUGCAGAGCACUGUGAGACUGGGGACAGGACUGCAGGCACUGUCUGCUUUGAGCUGUCACAUCUUACACUUCAGGGGUGAUUACAAGUGACCUGUAGUUAGCCAAAGUCAUUGUCUGUGGGUUUUGGGAUUGGUUUUUUGGGGGGAUAGUAAUGUUCUUUAGAGAUUUUGGUUGUAGAGUUGUUGCAACAAUAUUAUUAUAUUAGAUACAGAAAAAAACCUGCCUUUUUGUUUUUCUCAUUACAUGCUGAGCAAAGAAAAUUUGUCUCCAUAAAUGCUGAGUGUCUGUCAGAUCCGGAAGUUUAAACAGGAAAUCAGUAUUUGCUGAAACAGCUGCAGUUCCUUGAAUUAACUGAAAUUAUCUAGAUAGAUCUGUCAAACCUCUUUUGUUCAUGACAGAUGAAAGACGAUAACCUAUAAGUAAAACUUUUCAGUUGUGUUUUGUAGUGUUCAGUGAAUCAGCCUAGAUCUUUAGCAGGAUGUAGGAUGCAGAAUGUAAAGCUUUAAUAAGUACAGGGAAAAACAAAGUCUUUGGAAAUAAUUAAUUUGGCUCACCUCCAGGGCAUCUUCUUUUGAAAAAACAGAUUCUCCAAGCAGCUCUAAAAAUUUUUCAGUGUUCUUCCUGCUCUCUGAGUAUGUUUUCCAGGAUAUUUUUUAAAGGAUAUGAGACAUUGAUUUUUAUCUUUUUUUUCCUUUCACAUGAAAGGGAAAUGGCAAUCGAGGUGUUUCCUCCAAAAUUAAUGUUGGAACUCAUAUUUACAUGCUCCCACCACUGUACCAAAUGUGAGAAAUAGUACAAACCUUGUUGGUGGUGAGAAGCUUUGGAGAAAUACCUGCGGUAGUUUUUGCCUUUGUCUGGAAUGCCAGUUGUCGUGGUGGGAAGCGGGUGCUGGUCAGAGUGCCACCACCCUCCUGGAGAAGCAUCCUUAAAAGGGUGUCCUGGUGGCACAGGCACGUCUGCACUCUCCCCCAGUGACUUCAGCUCUGAGUUUGUUUGGGUGACACAGAAGGAGGGACAGAGUCCCUGUAUGAGGUUCCACGGAGAAUCUUUGUCACCACAUUUCUCUUCACAAAGGCACAACUUCCAAAGAAAUUUCUGGGUUUCACAUUCUGUGAACCUCAGAGAAAGGAAAAACAAUUCUUAUCUCAUUUGCUGCUCCUGUGUUCACAAGUGGAAUGUGUAGUGGAAGAUUGUUUACCUGAAGGGAAUUGGUAAUUGGAUUUGGGUGUGGGUGUUUUGAUUCACUGACCCAUUGGAUCCAGGUCAGUAUAGAACAGGGAGCUGCAGUCACACCAUGGACACCAAGUGCAGCCCCUGCAGACCUAAAACCUACACAGCCAUCUGGAAUCACUCUCCACAGUGCUUUGCCUGCUCACCACCCUGCAGGAAAGGGCUUGUACAGAACCAAACGUGCACGAGGUUCCAGGACAGAAUCUGCAGCUGCCCACCCCACAAGUACUGUGUUUCCAAGCUGGACGAGCACUGUGAGGUGUGUAGAACACACAAAAAAUGCGGCAAAGGUUACCGGGUUUCCAGAAGAGGGACAGACAGCACAGACACAGAAUGUAAACCUUGUCCUCCUGGCACGUUUUCCCCUGAGGAAUCCUACAACACCAGCUGCAUACCCCAUACCAUCUGUAAAUCAGUGGCUGUCCCUGGGAACAGCAGGAAUGACACUGUUUGCAGUGACUCAGGAACAGCCACAGUUCUGUCUCACACUAAUUGGAACCUACUUCUGACCCAGAGCUCAGCUUUCCACAAACCUGAAAUAAUAACUCAACCUGUUGUGUUAAACUCUGUACCUGACCUGUCCCACAUCACUGGAGCAGUAGCAGGGCCAUUCUUAUUGGUCCUGAUAAUUGCUAUUUUGGGGUAUUGCUUAGUCUCCAAAAAAAAAGCCCUGGUGUACUCUGCAGCAGCUACAGAAGCAGAUUUGAGUUUUCCCCCUCCAGAAAAACAGUGUGACAAAAAAGUCAGAGAUACAGAAUUGCAGAACUCCAGGAGUUCUGAACAGGAACACCAGCACCUCUUGGAAACUUCUGGGUCCAGCAGUAUCCUGAAUCCAACUGGAUCUCCAACCAUCAGUGUAACAAGUAAGAAGAAUUAUGAAAAUAAAAACUCAGGAGAGUUUCAGCUGCAACAUUCACCUCCUGAAGGUUCUAAAUUCCUGAGUGGAGAUGGACACAGCUCUGCGAGUUCAGAACAUUCUGGUAACGGGGGAACGCAGGUGAAUGUGACGUGCAUUGUGAAAUUUUGCAGACCAGACUGCAGCUCGCAGUGCCCCGAGCAGAUGAGCUCAGCGAGCAGGGAUUAUGGGCACACUCCCUGGUGUUCCCCCACAGGGGGAGAAACCCUCCUUUCCAAAGAAGAAAAUGCCUUGAACAAAGAAACUGAAAUUCACAUCGCAGUGGAAAAUGAGGACAAUUUACUUCAGGACUCACUUCCAGAAGAAAAUAAGGUUCCUCUGGGCAUUCAAGAUGCUGGGAUGAAAACCAGUUAAAGGAAAUGACAGAUCAUAUACUGAUGGACUGAUAAUCAAACAACCUCUUGUCUUCUAAAACAAACAUUCUGGUACAUGUAGCUUUCUUACAGAUUUGAAAUUUCAGAUGAAUAUAGACACUGCUGCUUUCGAGGUUUUUAGCAUCUUCUGUCGCUUUGCAGUUUAAAAUAAAAAUCACUGAAGCUUUUUAAAAUUGAAUGGCCAACUCCUCUCUUUCUCUGAUUCCCUAAGAGGACCUUUAUCAGACUUGAAAAAGAAUAUUUUUCAAACUUCAUGCUGUUUUCUCCUGAGACUUCUUGUGAUGAUGAUUUCUAUUCAAGGUCUGCCACGUGUCAAGAGCAUGGCCGUGAGCAGCACUUCUCAAGGGACUGGAGUUAUUCAAUGCUCAGGAAUCAUCUGUUCGAUUUAAAUUUUAAAGCUAUUGCAUUCAGUUUCCUAUCCCCUAUCUUAGCUGUCACCCUUUCCCUCAUCCUCCUGGAUAUUUCUUUUAUUAUUACAGUUUG